ACGGGCAGCUGUUGCAUCUCGUGAAGAUGACCUCGGCCGAAUCCCACUGCUCUUUUUUUUUUGUUAUUCUAUGCCCGGACAAUAGCUGAUGAGCUAGAUUGGGGGUUGGGUUGUUGGGUUGUUGGGUUGUUGACGGUGAUCACCACAGUCACAGAUGCUUGUCUCUGCUACGGCGGAGUAAGAGACCUCAGCAAUCUCAAACAAGGCCUUUGUCAUGUGCGCCACAGGCAUUGUUCCAAGUAUUAGACCCCUCUUUCCAAGCAGCACGGGCAGCUCCCGUCACCCACACUCUCCCACAGACUUCGGGAGCAGAGGCACGUCCAUCAGGUACACUUCAAGGUCUCAGACCCGAAAACCACGCAAUCGGUUCCCAAAAGGCGCUAAUGCAACCCAGAGCAAACCCCUGUCGGCUUGGUUCAGGCGACUGCAGUCGUUGGUGGAGGGCGGCACGGUGGGGCCACCCGACACCUAUUGUUCGUCGGGGACCCUCGAUUCACUGCGACCCCAGCAAUCUUUGAGGUGAUGGCAAUCAUGGUUGGCAUCAUUUCGCCUUUUAUCCUUUCCUUUGUCCUCUUGCAUUCUGAUGAGAUAUGUAGACAGCCUGCCGACAGGACAGUGUUGACACCAGCAGCAUCAGUCGACACUCCCGUCCAACAGGGGCAUCACCACCAGCUCUCACACCCCUCAACGGCUGGAUCGGCAAUCCUCCGAGGUGACAGUCAAACGACAAGCACCCCCAACUCGGAGACUCCAGCAGCGGCAGCAGUAGCAGCAGCAGGCAGUGCGGGGCAAAUAUUGGCAGGACCGCCCAUCUUUUCUUAUCUCUCUGACGCCGCUAGACGACAAAACCCACGACACCCACCCACCCGUCAUCUCCUGCUGCAGAAAAUUUCCAUGUUGGAUUCCCCAUCUCUCGCAUACACGCUGUCACCGUCACCCUUCACGGCCCGUUUAUUACGCUGUGGAAAUUUCAUUAGCUGCUGGGACAGACGGCGUUGCGAACGGCAGGCCACCACGGCUGUUAUCUCCUAGGGUGUCCCCAUCUACACCAGACCCAGCGCCAGGGGUUCUCCACGAACACAACCGUUUAUCAGUGGACCCGUUACCUGCCGUUGUCUCCGUUUCGUGCCCGGUAUUCGGGGGGCCACUUUCACUCAACUGCCAGGCCGAACAACUCUAUUGUCGACGGCGGGAUUCAUCGCGAAAGAAAAUCAAACAAAACAAACCCGGAGCUCACCAACGCAUGGUAAUCGCGGGCCGUUGAGAGACACGGUUGUGCGACCCACCAUCUCGCCGUCAGACCCGCCAUUUUUGAUCUCGCUCGCCAUCCCCGUCGCCUUCGCCAUUCCAAUGAUCCGACAGAGAUGACCCUCGACCGCGACAUUGAGAUGAGCCAGCUGGAUCGCACCCGCAGUCUAGCCGAAGGCAGCAGCUUCACCGUCCGGGGUCAAAGUCGGGCCUCGGAUCCUGAUCAUCAUCAUCAUCAUUAUCAUCAUCACCACCACAACCAUCACCCUCAUAAUACCGUCGGCGUAGGUGCCGGAGGGAUGAAAGCUCGCGUGGGGAGGUUCAUCGACACCUUCCGCCGGGAACACCCAGACAACGUCCGCUACCACGACGACCCCAACUUUGCGCUUCACGUCACUGACCCAGAAGGUGGCGCAGGCGACUCACCGACGACAACCAGAACAACAAAUGGGUUUGGCUCUGCUUCGGGGGUGGCGGUGGUGAGGCAGCAUAAUGGGGAGAGGUACUAUGACUUACGGACGGCGAACUCCAGGACGGCGGGGACGUUGCUUGCGCGGGAGCUCAAGGGGAGGCAUUUGCAGAUGAUUGCGAUUGGGGGGUCGAUCGGGACGGGUUUGUUUGUUGCGAGUGGGAAGGCGUUGAGUGAGGGGGGCCCGGCGGCGGUGUUGUUGGCGUACAUCUUUGUGGGCGUGAUGCUGUAUUGCACGGUGCAGGCGUUGGGGGAGUUGGCCGUGGUGUUUCCUGUCGCGGGGUCGUUCUCGGCUUUUUCGACGAGGUUUCUGGAUCCGAGUUGGGGGUUUGCUAUGGGUUGGAACUAUGCCUUGCAGUGGAUAGUGGUGUUACCGCUCGAGAUUAUUGCCGGCGCCAUGACUAUCGGUUAUUGGAACGAGAGUCUGAACAAGGCCAUAUUUGUAGCCGUGUUUCUGGCGGUCAUUGUUGUCAUCAACCUCUUUGGAGUAAAGGGGUACGGCGAGGCAGAGUUUGUGUUUGCCAUUGUCAAGGUUACUGCUGUCGUCGGGUUCAUCCUUCUCGGUAUCGUCAUCAACAUCGGAGGGACCCCCGAAGGCGGCUACAUCGGCGGCAAGUACUGGUCCGACCCGGGCGCCUUCAACAAUGGCUUCAAGGGCCUCUGCAGCGUGUUUGUCACCGCCGCCUUUGCCUUUGCUGGUACGGAGCUGGUCGGUUUGGCUGCCGCCGAGACAGCCAACCCGCGAAAGUCCUUGCCUACCGCCAUCAAACAAGUGUUUUGGAGAAUCACACUCUUCUACAUUGUGUCGCUUGCGCUCGUCGGUCUCCUGGUGCCGUACAACGAGCCCAGGUUGCUUGGUGCUACUAGCAUCGCCGACGCCUCAGCCAGUCCCUUUGUCAUCGCCAUCGAAAGCGCAGGCACGACUAUUCUACCCAGCAUCAUGAACGGCGUCAUCCUUGUGUCCGUCAUCAGCGUCGGCAACUCUUCCGUCUUUGGAUCCUCCCGAACACUCGCCGCCCUCGCCGAGCUGGGCCAGGCGCCCAAGAUCUUCGCCUACGUCGACCGCCGCGGCCGUCCACUAGUUUCCAUCCUCGCAGCAUCGAGCGUCGGUCUCCUGGCCUUCAUGGCCAACUCCAAAGUCCACAGCCACGUGUUCGACUGGCUCCUCGCCAUAUCAGGCUUGAGCAGCGUCUUCACCUGGGGGAGCACCUGUCUCGCCCACAUCCGCCUCCGCAAGGCAUGGGCAUACCAUCACAGAUCAGUCAGCGACAUGGCCUUUCGUGCUCAGGGGGGAACGAUCGGCAGCUGGAUCGGCCUGUUUUGCAACUGUCUCAUUCUCGUCGGUCAGUGCUGGGUGGCGAUUUGGCCCAUUACGAGCGAGCCGUUGACGUCGAGUCAGCGGGCCGAGAAUUUCUUUUUGCAGUGUUUGGCGAUCCCGGUGGUGUUGUUGUUUUUGAUUGGGCACAAGCUGUGGUAUAGGACGAGCGUGAUCAAGGUGGAGGACAUGGAUAUUGAUACGGGGAGGAGGGAUUUUGGCAGACUUGGGAUUAUCAAGGCGCAGGAGGAGGAGGAGAGGGCUAGUUGGCCGAAGUGGAAGAGGGUUUAUAGGGUUAUUUGCUGAUGGUUUGGGGGCUGGGGCGUGUACAUAUGAGUAUAUAAUUUGGGCGAAGGGUGGUGGUGAUUGGUUAUAAUUUGAGAUGAAUUUCGAUGUCGCAGAGCAUUCGUCGUGCUCUCAGGUGUCUUUUUGACUAUCAUGAUUUCCACUGUAUGCCGGCGGAGAACGUUUCGGUAGCCACAAACGCCACUAUUCCACCCUCACCCUUACCAUCAUCACCCGCUCUCACCCUCACAGCCAACCCCUCGGACCCAACCACUCGGUACUCAGGUAUGAAGCCCAGUGUGUAAGGUAUUUUUGGUCUGAUCUAGGAUUGGAUAGGUAAGUAUUUUACACUUAUCUAAGGUUAUGCCUUCUGAUGAAUGGGCGUUGGUUGCCACGGCAUUUACACAUGAGAAAAUGAGUGAUGGGGACGGGAGCACCUGUCCAGCUUCCUACACCUGGCAACAGACUGACAGCCGAAUACACGGUACUUGUAGUACUUCCAACAGCAGCCCACUAUCCGACGGCCAAAUGGACCCCGAAACGGCUUGCGUAGCCCACCACCUCACGGGGUUGGUGGGUGAGCUUUUGAUAUUUUGGGC